AUGCAUCUCCCAAAUUUUGAAGUAUCAUUGAAACCAUGCAGCUUCCUCAUCUGGGCAUCUUUCUGGGCUACAGCCACUUCAACCGGACAAGAUUUCUCAUCGUGCAUCUCCUCCGACUCGCAUCAAUACGGCACGUUCAAAAUCGCAAUCCCCUCCGACAGCCCUACUUUCCUCCCCAUCUUCCGCGCCAACCUCCGAGAGCCCCGCUUCUACAACACCUCAUCCCCGAAACCGCUGUUCAUCAUCGCCGCGAAGGAGACAUCCCACGUGCAAGGAGCCAUCGUCUGCGCCCGUCGGAGCGGUCUCCAGGUCCGCAUCCGCAGCGGGGGCCACGAUUACGAGGGACUCUCCUCCACAUCCGAAGACCCUUUCGUCCUCAUCGACCUCUCCAAUCUCCGCUCCGUCCGCGUGGACGUCCGAUCCGAAAGUGCCUGGGUCGAUUCCGGAGCAACCGUCGGCGAUCUGUACUUCCGGAUCGCGGAAAGGAGUAACGUCUACGCCUUUCCUGCCGGCAGUUGCUCGACGGUCGGUAUCGGUGGACACCUCGGUUGUGGCGGAUUCGGGUUCGUCUUCAGGAAGUACGGCCUGGCAGCUGACAACGUCCUAGACGCGAAGAUCAUCGAUGCCAAUGGAAGACUUUUAACGAGGGCGACUAUGGGGGAAGACCUCUUCUGGGCCAUACGUGGAGGUGGCGGGGCCAGCUUUGGAGUUAUCGUCUCCUGGAAGGUGAGACUCGUUCCCGUUCCGCCUAUUGUCACUAGGCUCUCCGUUGCGUACACUUUGGAGGAGGGCGGUGCACGGCUCCUGCAGAAGUGGCAGAGCGUUGCUUCUAGGUUUCCUGAAGACCUUCACCUGCGCGUGGGGUUGUCGGUUAUAGACAGUACUGGGGUCAGUCUAUUGGGUGGCAAGAAAACCGUGCUGGUCUCGUUCGAGGCUUUGUAUCUCGGUUCUGUGGAUCAGCUCUUGUGGUUGCUCCGGGGCAGCUUCCCCGAAUUGAACGUAUCCCGAAAAAACUUUACGGAGAUGACAUGGAUCCAAUCCGCGGUUGACCUCGCCGAAAUCGGGGUCCCGUUCGAUGGACCCCCGAGUGUAUUGCUGAAUCGGACAACGCAACAGACGGCGCCUUCCAAAAUGAAAUCCGACUACGUGAUGGCGGGUUGA